AUGGAACCUACCCCGUUACAUCCACUCCAUGACCAACAGGAGCUGAUCAUUUUCGUACAAAUAUUAGCCGGGAUACGCUUUCAGCAAGAAAAGCAAGGACGAAAAAUAGCACUGGUCGCUUCCUUAAAUCAGCAGGUGUUCGAAGCAGUCAGCCGACGAUCUGUUACCCCGGGAUCGGGAAACGCUUCCUUCAAUGCGAAAUUAAUAUGGAAAUGUGAUCGGCACUUUUUAAAGUCCAUGAAAACCAAGAAUGCUCCCAUAAAGCUAGACUGCUACGAGGUGCAACCGACCGGAGCACGAAGUCACGUAGGAAGUGUCGUCAUUCCGUUGCGCUCGGUUCCGGUCGUAACGUUGCCAAGGAUUAAAUCCCUCAAACCUCGUUGGUACCGUUUGAUCGGAAUAGAAAAUGAACGGUGGCGUCGCAUAAAGCCAGAGCUUCAUUUGCUGGUAAUGGUAACGGAUUCUCAAUACCUGAACCAGGGCGCUACCGGCAUACGGGACGAUCUUUCCACACCGGACAUGAGUGAAGAUGAGCAAACGAAACGAAGCGAACCAAAGCCGGAACGGUUGCCUAGCAAUGUGGAGCUGCUGGAAGACCGCGGCCUACUGCAGGUUGGUUGCAAAGAUACAGAUUUGGAGUUGUUUCUGUUCGAAAUUGUUCUAAAAUGUGCCCAACAUUUGGAUCAGUUUUGCCCCGGGAAAGACGCUUUUCUUCUGCGGUAUGAACUGUUAGGUGAUCAUCACGUGGCGAGGGCCGAACGCGUUAAGCCUGGUUCCGCAGUGUUUUCCGUUAAGUCAAAAAUCAGAAUCAAUCUGCGUAGCUCAGUAGCGGCGUUAAUUGAUUACUUUGAUAAUGGAUUUAAGAUUCUAGUUUCGGUAUUGUCGGCGGGCGAUGGGCAAAUGUUGGAAUCCGAUAGGAACGGUAAAGCCGUCGGAAAAGCGACUGUUCACUUCGUCGCUUUCCUGAAGAGCAAAAACUUGGAAGAAUUUAAGGAAAUCUAUUCUGCAAAUAACAAUACACUGGACGCAGUUCGUAGUGUACCCAUUUUGGCGGCAAAUAGCAUGGAUGAGCAUCGAGAAUUGAAAGAUAACAUGAAUGAAAAGCUGAUAAUACCAUCGAUAAAGUACAAGCUAUCUUUACGAUACUUGGGACGUGAUGGAGCUAUUUUGAAAGAAGUAGAAGAAACAACGAACGUGGACACUGCACUGAAAAAUAUCGAACAGCCUGAGCAAACCACUUCCAAUUAUACUGUGGCACCUGUAACUAGUGGAUCAAAAUUGGACGAAGUUCUCCCAACUCAUGUCUCCAAACCUUCAACACCAAAAUCCAAUCGAAUUGUCAGUGACGGCAAUCGGGAAGAAAAGGUGAACAUUGAUAACAUUCUAAUGGCAUCCGAGCAAGAUUUGCGCGACAUAAGACGCACCUUUGCGUUUCGAGUACGUGUAGGAACGGUAAAGUUCACGUCCCAUCCCUCACCUGGUCUGUGGCAACUGGCUUUGCAACAUCCGAAAGCAGACACACCUUUUACGAAGAUCCGAUUGGACUUACUACCCGAUAUUGCCGUACACGAGGACCGUAUUGAAUUUGGUGAUGUUACGCUGGAGCUUCUAUUUUCGGCUCUUCCAGAUCGGGUGCUGGAAACUAUCAACGCCGAACCAUCCAAACUGACACUGAACGGUCCCCACGGCUCGUACGCUUUGGCGCGUCUCGAUAACGAAAGUCUGCUCGUUGGAACACGUGAACGACAACCGGCCGGUGUGGUGGUAAUGAUAAACGAGGCAGGAGAAAAUGUGGCCAUCGCUUCGAUUAGUUGUGCCUUGAAAGAGGUCGGUUUGAACUACAACAGUCAGCUAGGUAACGUGCUAGAUUCGGUGGAUUGUUGCCACAUUUUGAACGAAACGAAAAAAGGUUUUGAUGAAAAGAUCGCCUAUAAACUGGUCGAAGAGCAGAAGGCAUGGAUGGAAGAACAGCGCAAACAAUUCAUCGAUCAGCUUAAGCAAAAGGAAGACCAACAUCUGCGGGCGUUAGCACAGCGCUGGAAAGAACAGCAAGCGGAGGCAGAAAAACGGCUCUCAGAUCGUCUGGCACGCGUGGACGCACUAGCAGCCGCACUGGACGAAGCGAACCGAAAUUCACAACCAAACGUCGUCGUACCACAAGACUCCGCACGCGCAAAGCUAUUGGAGCAGCAGUUUCGGUCUCAGCUGGAAGAGAUCCGUGCGAAAGCUGUUCGUCUAGAGCAGGAAGCGAAAGCGCAGAUCGAAAUGACACGUCGUCAGGGUCAACAGUUGCAACAGCAGCAACUAAAUCUGAGUGCCGACCAGCAGUACUUGAUAGACUGCAAUCGUACGCUACGCAAUGAUUUGGAGCAGGAACGUGCCGCCCGUACCCAGCUCGAACUGCAACUGGACGAAAUGACAACCUCCAAGCAAUACUACAAAGAGGAAUGGGCAAGGUUGACACGUAAGAUGCACCAACUACAACAGGAGCUUAGCAUGGCCCGGACACCGUACUUCCAACCCCUGGCAAAGAAUAAACGAACCGGCCGACCAAGGACUGCUGCGACCAGCUCCGCAUUUCCCGUAUCGACGGCACGGAGCGAUGCACGUCAGGGUGCUGGUGAUGCUUGUGUCAUGAUGUGCCACUGUUCAAAGGAUUCUGAUUCAAAGGAUUCUGGUUAA